AUGGAAGAAAAAUUACUGAUGUGCCAUCGCCAGCAAGAAAAGGCAGCCACCAAGGCAGUCAAGCGCAGCAGCCACAAGGCCAAGACAGCGGCUUCUGCUUCCCGCGGCAAAGCGGCGGCGGCGGAGUACGGCUGCAGCUGCUGUCUGUGCUGCGUGUCGUGCCCUCUCUCCGUGAUCUGGUGCUGCUUCAAGCUCCCCUGUGAGGCCGGGAUCAAAGCUGCGCGAUCUGCGAAGCGGCAGAUAAUGAGCACUAGUGGUGGUGGUAGUUGUUGGUCUUGCGGAAAGAAACGUUAUCCCUCUGGGCCCUACUAUUCUUCCUCCUUCUCCGAUAUCGAUUUUCCCUCGCCGUCGUCAUAA